AUGGACCUGUUUGUACAGCGUUUAAUUUUCAAAGUGACGAGCUUGUUCUAUGUUACAUAUUACCGAAAAACGGUGCAUCGAGGUAAUGUCGAGCAAGGAAUAGUAAAAGUCGUUCCCAUACGAAAGGUAUUUUUAUCAUGUAGUAUUAUAGAUAUUGUCUACAGAGCAAGAUAGGAGAAGGUAUACCUAUGCUUGCUUUGAUCGGUAUAAUGUCUUCAUAGGGUAAAUCAAUUAUGUAAUUUCAACAACUGCAUAGCUUUUUUGUCGAAAAGAAAUUAGUGGUUUAGUGGAGGAAACAGUGCCUACUUCCGUAGACCUGCCACAACAGUGCCCUGUGUGA